AGGAAUGAUGACGUGCUGCAGCAUUUUUACUUGUACUCGUACUUGGAAACUCAACCGGUUAGGCUGGUUAGGCCAUGGAGGACGAUUUUUGAUCAGCCUCGAUGAGACUCUGGCAAACCAUCUGACAGCAGAAAAGAGAGGCAGGGCUCGGUCCACACUGUUUGUAGUGUAUUUCACACGACUUUGCUUCUUAGAUCUGUCUUAAUAUUUGGUAUUGCUUACCUGCAAUACCUGCAGAGAGAUGCUGCAAAAGAGACGAAUUGCUGUUAUUCUGUUCAUCCCAUUGCUUUGGAUAUUUCUCAACUGGAUUUGGCACAAUAGCCUUGCCUGGCCACGAGCAAUUACACAGGGACACAGAGGAGAUGGUGAUUCUGCCAGCCUGCCACCCAUCUAUGUCAUCACACCUACCUACCACCGUCCAAUGCAGAAGGCCGAACUGACUCGACUCACCAACACUUUUCUCAAUGUGGCCAACCUGCACUGGAUCGUGGUGGAGGACUCGCAAACAAGGACACCUCUUGUCAGUCACCUCCUCCGGGAAAGCGGACUCAAGUACACCCACCUCAACGUGAUAUCGCCUCAAGACUCCAACCGUCAAUCCAUCAGGGGGAUAUCACAAAGAAACCUGGGCUUGCAGUGGCUCCGCAGUACCUUCAAUGUGAGCAACCCUAAUCCUGGUGUUGUCUACUUUGGAGAUGAUGACAACACUUACAGCCUGAAACUGUUUGACGAGAUGCGAUGGACCAAAAAGGUCUCAGUGUGGCCCGUUGCAUUUGCGGGGGGCCUUCGAUACGAGUCCAUCAAAGUAAACACCAAAGGAAAGGUAUAUGGAUGGGAGGUUGCAUUUGCCCCACAGCGACCCUUUGCCAUUGACAUGGCUGGCUUUGCAGUCAAUCUGCAACUCAUCCUGUCAAAACCCGAGGCUUAUUUCAAGCCGUACACAGGACGUCAAGAGGGCAGUCUACUAAUGGAUCUUGCUACCCUCGACGACCUGGAACCGAAAGCAGAUAACUGCACCAAGGUCUUGGUGUGGCACACUCGAUCACAAGCGCCUAACUUGUCUCGUGAGAAUGGUUUUAAACACUCUGCUAAUGUGGAGACAUGACAUCCACCAUCUGAUGAAUAAAGUGGAUAUCUGCAGUGGAACCUGCUUAGAAUGUGACAGAAUGCUCCAACCAGAAAGUGACUUCACAGCGUUUGAUUACCGGAGCCAGCUGUUCCUCAAAGCGAUGGAGGCUGAGUGCGCACACCUCGCUUGACUCCGGCAAGUACUUCACACAGUUCCAAGGUGCAGUCACUCUCUUUCUUCUUCACCACGCCAAGCCGAGGUGCAGUUUCCACAUGUUGCUCCUGAGUGCCAACCCAUUGUCCAGCCUACUACGGCCCCUGCUCACCAUCAACACGUCAACUGCACAAGUUCUGCUGUUGGUGCAACGGCAAAAAGGGUUGUCUCUCCUUUGACUCCCCGCACCUUGUCAGCUCCUGACGCUCCCUGAGCCCGCACCACAUCAACUCCCGACGCCACUAUCCUGGCACCACAUCUUAAGCCACCACUUGUUCCGACCGGGUAGUCAGUGCAGGAUGGACCUCCAAGCCUCCCCGGUCCCUGUGUCAGCAGUGUGGGACACCUGGAAUCCAUCCGUUCAGGGGUGGCUAUGGCCAACUGUGCAACUGAGGACGCACAGCCCACUUUGAUUCCUGUUCCGGCUCCACAGCAGCCCAAGGUCUGACCAUUUCAGCUGCUGCUUUGCCUCCACGCCAGGCCUACGACAAGUCACCUCUUGCUCCACCUCCACGCCAGGACAAGGACAAGUCGCCUCCUGCUCCUGUCCCGGCCCAUGCGGCAGUUGCUGCCUCCAGUUCCUAUUGCAGCUCUGCCCAUGCACCAAUCGCCACCUCCAAUUCCUGUCCCAGCUCAGCCCACGCAACAGUGGCCACCUCCAGUUCCUGUCCAGCUCUGCCCACGCUUUGGCCGCCUCCAGUUUCUGUCCCGUCUCUGUGCCAGCCACCACCAGUUCCGCUCCAUGGCAGCCCAAGAAUGCUCACCUGCAGCAAUUGCGGACCUGCGGCUGCUCAACUCUAAUUCCCCCUUGUCCAGACGCCUAUGGGUUUCCUGACGACGCUGCUGUCCCGGCCGGGGUCCCAGCAACACUGCAGGGCUUGCCGUCUCGGCUGUUUCCCAGAAGGGUGCCACCAGCUCCGCAUGUGCACCUGCACACACAUGGACAUGAACACACACACACACACACACACACACACACACACACACCCACACUACACUUGUAAAGCUGCAGGCACCUCUAUCCUGACACGACAAAAGACAGAUAUGUUUGUAGUUCUAAACAUAUUUGCUAAAUGUUUAAUGGUCAUCAUGGUCGUCAUGGACCAUCAUUAAGCCCUGCCGCCACCAGAACCCACCAGCUUCACAAAGUCGGACACUUAUCGCCUACAAUGUCAAAACUGUCCACUUUCAUUCUGAACAGUAAAUAUGACAAAUUGGACUAAUUUUACACAAAAUGAAACUCUAAAAGGAGGAAAUGCAUUUUUAUUGCGUAAAUGCAAUUGGUUGAAAAUUGAGUUGAGAAAUGGGAAGUCAGUGGUAUUUUUUGUUGUCAAUUUUAAGUCUGACCCCGCAAAAAAACCACAAAGCAUUAAAAUCAAUGUUAUUACUAAUCUUGUGUAUAAGUAAGCCUGAUUUUGAGGUAUAGUGCCAGCCCCAUAACAUUUCUGAUGGAAAAUAAUUCUUUUCGUUUUUUAGUAAGUGGAGUAACACAACCAAAGCUAUGAGCAAACAAGCAAAAAUUUACAGGUCCCCAUCGGGUAAGUGUGUAUUCAAGGUGAUGUCCCCACUGAUGAUUGGGUGUGUCACACUGUGCCACUCUCUAUUGCCCUCUUAUGGGUCAAAGGUAUAAUGACAGCUUGGUAAUAUACCUUAAAUUUAAGUUGUUGUUUUUUUAAUCAAUUAUACCCGAUUAUAGACCAAAAACAAACUAUUUUGAUUUUCAUUUGAGCAAGUCUUGGAUUUUAUUACUGUCUUUUUUUUUUUUUUCUUUUAACCCUGUCCUGUCCAGCCUUUAAAGCAGAUAGAAUUGUAGAUCUAAAUGCCGUCAAGUGCUCAACAGAUUUACUCUGCCAGGGAGAAGUGUGAUAUACACUUCCCCUGUUAUACAAAAUUUAUUGGACUUUGAUGCUUGUUAUAAAGCAAAUUUGGAGCGACCGGACUGGAGCAGGAGGGGACAGAGAAGAAGAGAAACGGAAACAGGGGAUGAGAGGGGGACAAAACAAAAAGAGAGGCAAGAGACAAGGACAACAGCAGCAACAACAACAAUUGUGACAACAAGAACAGAACAACAGAAACAUACAGAACGACAUUAGCAAAUAAAUGUCCGUGACAACUAUAAAGACGAACAAGGACAUAAGGACAAAACAAUAUCAACAACCACAAUGACAAAGCUGUCAAUGACAAUCACACAUAAUAGCAGUCAUGGAAUGAUGAACUAUGAUAGUGAUCACAAUGACAAUACUGCAUUGAAACAGUUACACAUAAUAUUAGUAAUGAAAUGAUGAACUAUGAUAGUGAUCACAAUGACAAUACUGCAUUGAAACAGUUACACAUAAUAUUAGUAAUGAAAUGAUGAACUAUGAUAGUGAUCACAAUGAUAAUACUGUAUUGAAACAGUCACACAUAAUAGUAGUAAUGAAAUGAUUAUCUAUGAUAGUGAACAGAAUGAUAAUUACUGUAAUGCACAUCAUUGUAAAAAAAACUAUAAUCAUACUGCUGAUAUCACUGUCGCUGUAAUAAAACCAACAACAUAAUAACACCCUGGUUAACUCAGUGAGUAAUGUGGGGAAGUACGUAUGUACUGUGAGUGUGCAUAUGUACAGGUAUCUCUGUAUGUGGGGAAGACUUCAUAUAUAUAUAAAGGUGCAAGAAUGUGUGGGCGUGUAAUUGUCACUGAGAAUGCAUGAAAGGAAAGGGGCCGCCCUCCACCUCCCAGAGAGCCCCGCCCCAAAUAGCCAGGCCGAGCCCCCGCCGCCAGAAGGCCACCAGGCCCACAGGGGCAGGCAGCACAAAGAUCAGUGCCCCAAGAGCCAGCCCAGAGAGCCCUCCCCCCCAGGAAGACCAGCAAGGGGCCGAAGAAAGGUAAUCCCAGCCAAGGACAGGGCGCCGGCAGGCCGCAGGACUGGCAACCCUGAGACCAGCGAGAGAUCACAUCCCACAAAGGCAGACGAGUACCGGGGGCCACAAACCGGGAGGCCCAGAGACGCACCCACAACCGGAAAGAAGCCCGUCCACGCCGGAAGUGCCAAUCCCCCCACCGCCACCCCCACCCCCAGGGAGCGGAGCCCGGCCUGCCCCGGGCCAACCCCCGCCCGACCCCCAACACAGGGCCGCCCCGCCCAGGGAUGCAGGAGGCACACCCUCCACCCAACCGGCAGAGGCACGGACGGCAGAGAAGUAUCACCCAGAACCCGACCCCACAGAGCAAACCCCUGUAUGCCCCCCCCCCCCCAAAAUAAAUAACUAAAAUAAAUAAAUAAAUAAAUAAAAGUACACACACGCACGCACAUACACACUCCUACGCCCCCACGCGCACGCACAUACACACUCCUACGCACCUACACACUCCUACGCACCCACGCGCACGGCACAUACACACUUCUACGCACCCAAGCGCGCACACAUGCAUGCACACACACAGUGGUCGACUGCCCGACACCCGGAAGCCUCACCCUAUCCCCCGUUGGUAACCCAAGGAGCAGCAGAGCCGGGGACCCCGGGGUCCCAGACAUACAAUCCAGAACCCAGGCGCGGAGAGCGCGGACCGCCGGGGAGCAGGAAGACACCAGGCCACACCCUCCCAACGGUAGGAUGCCGCCAGAGGAGCCAGCGAGGAGGAAAGCGGGAAACUGAGCAUGCGGGCGGGAAAACGAGCGAGCAGCCAGGCGAACCACCACACAGCGCCAACCGACACCCGCGGGCCAGCAAACCCCGAAGAGGGAGCGGGAGCACCGCACCCCAAGCCGCAGGGAGGCCAAGAACCAGAGCCGAGAAGGCGAGACCAGCAGAAGACUAGCCGACGGACCCCACCAUCCACCAGAAGCCAGACCAGCCACAUGCCACCAGAGUCGACAGCGCAUCACCUGCGCACCGGAGCCCCACCCCCGACAAGCCCGCAGACAGACCGGGGGAGGCGAGGACACAGACAGCGGCCCAGCAGAGCACAAAGCGCAACGGCAACAAACGCCCAAGCGCCCGGCAGAGAACAACCCCCCCAGCGGGCCCGGCCACAGGGCACCCGCCCUCCAACCCCCACCCCGCCACCCAGGCCCACAGUACCCGCAAGCAUGACCAAGCCCCAACCCACCAGCCGGCCCGGCGCCCCAGCAGCCGCCGCAGCCGGAUAUAUUAUUACUGUCUUAAAAACAAUUGAAAAUACACUACAUCUUAUACUAUUAUGACCCUUUUUUCAAACCAUGUAUUUCUGUUCCCUCCAAUUUCUACUACUACUACUAUGACAACUAUUUGUUUAUAUUUUUAAAAGUUAUAUUUAAAAUAUUUCAUAUAUGUAAGCACAUGAUUCAACCGAAUCAUAAGUAUACAGCAUCAGGACACAUGUAUUCAAGCAAAAUUUAUCCUUAGCUUUAAAUUCCCCUAAUUCUCGUUAGUAUACAUACUGUAGAUCUUCCUCACAAAAAAUGCUGUUAUUUAAUUGUUGAAGACAAUAAAAUGCAGAUAACAGACAAAAAGCUACGCCGUUUGUGGUUAGACUUGUUCUGAUAAUGAUCCUUUUGUGAAUUUUUAAUCUGAUCAAGGCCACAAGACUUAUUUCAAGCCAGUUUCCUCAAUAGAACCAGUGACUUCAUCAGGGCUGAUAAUCACAUUAUCAUGGAGAACAUCACCAACACAAAAGUCGGCACUUUUGACACAGUUAAAAAAAAAGUCCCUAUGUUGUCGUCUUCGUAAUGGGGAGCAGACGUAUUUUACAAUCAUUCAUAAUAUUUGCCUCUUUCCAGAAAUAUUCAUCAUUGCUGCAAUUUUCUGCCCAUAGAUUUUGCUUUCAGAGUCUGUCCAUAUCUGUUAAUAAUAAUAAUGCUUGAAUUAUAACUAUGUGGCUCUGCAUUAAUUGUGUCAUGUAGUUGUCGAUAAUUCUGGGUACAGUAUACACAAAAGAGAAACCCUCGCCUCCAACGCUUAAAGCAGGCAACACUUCAUACAAUUACCAUCAUCACGAAAGAAUGAUGAGGACUAACUGAACAUCUGACACACUGGGCAGAGAGCAGGAGAGCUAGAUGCUAGGCUAAUAUUUGUACAUUUGUUAUACAUUCAAUAAUGCAAGCAUGGAAUAAAGGAAAACUUGAACACAGUGUAUUCUUGAUAUGGCUAAAGCAUGUGCAAUAUGGAUUCUUCAAUAAAGCACAGACACAGCAAAGUCAUUGUAUUCAGCAAUACAACUGUCCUGUUCGCAGAGAACUUGACAGCAUCACUGUUUAAAAAGGCAGAAACAAUAACUUUUUAAUAUUAUUUGGGGCAGUGGUGAGACAACUAAAGAUUAGCACAUGGUGUUCAGCAUAAUGGUUCAAUUUCUGCAUCUCUGGUGUCAUGGCUGUUCGGUGUUUCUAGUCUAGUGUCUAGUCUAUCGUCUAGUAAUUCUCUUUGCUCUGGCUCUUUACUUGGUCCCUUCAAUUUAGAUUUAAAUAGAAAAGGCGCAUAGCUUUUACUGAGCGAUUGUGAAAAACAUUUGAACUUUAUUUUUUUAGGUGUUUCACAGACUAAAAGUCGCCGUAUGC